GCAAGGCACCGCCUCACCACCCCGGGGACCGACGGAGACCAGCGGUUCCCGAGCUCCUGGAGAGCCAGGUUGGAAGUCCGCGGAGAGAUGACCCUGGGCGCAGCGUGGAGCGCAGUCCUGCCUCUGUGGCUCCUCUGGGGCGCUGCCUGCUCCAGCGCGGCAUCCGGGGACGGCAACGCUUUUCCUUUUGACAUUGAGGGGAGCUCAGCUGUCGGCAGGCAAGACCCGCCUGAGAUGAGCGAGCCCCGCGUGGCUCCGGGCCCCCUCCCGCCUGUCGCUGAGAACUGUGGCACUGGAUUCUUCCGUACCCCGUCAGGAGAAUGUUCGCCCUGUGACUGUAAUGGCAAUUCCCACGAGUGCUCUGACGGCUCUGGAUUCUGUGUGCACUGCCAACGGAACACAACAGGAGAGCACUGUGAAAAAUGUCUGGAUGGUUAUAUUGGAGAUUCUAUCAGGGGACCACCCCGCUUCUGCCAGCCGUGUCCCUGUCCCCUGCCCCACCUGGCCAAUUUUGCAGAAUCCUGCUACAGGAAAAAUGGAGCUGUUCGGUGCAUUUGUAAAGAAAAUUAUGCUGGACCUAACUGUGAAAGAUGUGCUCCUGGUUACUAUGGAAACCCCUUACUCGUUGGAAGCACCUGUAGGAAAUGUGACUGCAGUGGAAAUUCAGAUCCCAAUCUGAUAUUUGAAGACUGUGAUGAAGUCACUGGCCAGUGCCGGAAUUGCUUACGAAACACCACUGGAUUUAAGUGUGAGCGCUGUGCUCCUGGCUACUAUGGGGAUGCCAGAACAGCCAAGAACUGUGCAGUGUGCAAUUGUGGGGGAGGCCCAUGUGACAGCAUAACCGGAGAAUGCUUGGAAGAAGGUUUUGAAUUUCCUACAGGCAUGGACUGCCCAACCAUAAGCUGUGAUAAGUGCAUCUGGGACCUGACGGAUGACCUCCGGCUAGCAGCACUCUCCAUCGAAGAAAGCAAGUCCGGGCUGCUGAGCGUGUCAUCUGGGGCCGCUGCGCAUAAGCACGUGAAUGACAUGAACUCCACCAUCUACCUCCUCAAAGCAAAAUUGUCAGAAAGAGAAAACCAGUAUGUCCUGAGAAAGAUACAAAUCAACAACGCUGAGAACACAAUAAAAAGCUUUCUGUCUGAUGUGGAGGAAUUAGCUGAAAAGGGAAAUCGAGCCUCCAUAAAGGGACAGCUGAUUCAGAAGGAAAGCAUGGAGACCAUUAACCAUGCAACUCAACUUGCGGAGCAAGCCCACGAUAUGAGGGAUAAAAUCCAAGAGAUCAACAAGAAGAUGCUCUACUAUGGGAAACAGCAGGAAUUUUUUAGCCCUGAGGAAAUCUCUGAAAAGCUGGUCUUGGCCCAGAAGAUGCUUGAAGAGAUCAGGCACCGUCAACCUUUCCUCACCCAAAGGGAGCUUGUGGACGAAGAGGCAGACGAGGCCCAUGAAUUGUUGACCCAGGCUGAGAGCUGGCAGAGGCUCUUCAAUGAUACCCGCUCUCUGUUUCCUGUCGUCCUGGAGCAGCUGGAUGACUACAACGCCAAGUUAUCAGACCUCCAGGAAUCACUUGUCCAGGCUCUUAACCAUGUCAGGGAUGCCGAAGAUAUGAACAGGGCCACAGCAGCCAGGCAACGGGACCAUGAGAAGCAACAUGAGAGGCUGAGGGGGCAGAUGGAAGUGGUGAACUCUUCUCUGAGCAUGUCUGCAGACUCUCUGGCCACGCCUCGUCUGACCCUUUCAGAACUUGAUGAUAUAAUAAAGAAUGCAUCAGGGAUUUAUGCAGAAAUAGAUGGAGCCAAAAAUGAGCUACAAGGAAAACUAUCCAACCUAAGUAACCUCAGUCAUGACUUAGUCCAAGAAGCUAUUGACCACGCACAGAACCUUCAGCAAGAAGCUGAUGAAUUAAGCAGGAAUUUGCAUAGCUCUGAUAUGAACGGGCUAGUACAGAAGGCACUGGAUGCAUCAAAUGUCUAUGAAAAUAUCGCCAAUUUUGUUAGUGAAGCUAAUGAAACAGCAGAAUUUGUUUUGAACAUCACUGAUCGAAUUUAUGAUGCUGUGAAUGGGAUUGAUACACAAAUCAUUUACCACAAAGAUGAAAGCGAGAACCUCCUCAGUCAAGCUAGAGAACUACAAGCAAGAGCAGAUGCCAGCAAUGAUGAGGCUGUGGCUGACACCAGUAGGCGUGUGGCUGGAGCCCUAGCAAGGAAGAGUGUCCUUAAAAAUAGACUAAAUGAUGCCUUUACACGACUACAAGCAGCAGAGAGAGGUGACGCUCAGCAGCGGCUGAACCGGUCCAAACUGAUGGCUGCAGAAGCUAACGAGACCACCAUGGCGAUCCAACAGGCCACUGCCCUGAUGGUUAACAAUGUAACCAGCUGGUCACAGAAUCUUCACAAUUUUGACUCUUCUGCUUACAAUGCCGCAGUGGACUCUGCUAGAGAUGCAGUAAGAAAUUUGACAGAAGUUGUGCCUCAGCUCCUGGAUCAGCUUCGUACGGUUGAGCAGAAGCGGCCUGCAAGCAAUGUUUCUGUCAGCAUCCAGAGGAUCCGAGAGCUCAUUGCUCAGACCAGAAGUGUCGCCAGCAAGGUCCAGGUCUCCAUGAUGUUCGAUGGCCAAUCAGCUGUUGACGUGCAUCCCAAAACCAGUAUGGAUGACUUAAAGGCCUUCACAUCCCUGAGUCUUUACAUGAAACCUCCAGUGAAGCAGCCAGAACUGGCUGGGACUCCAGAUCAAUUUAUCCUGUACCUCGGAAGCAAAAGUGCCAAAAAAGAAUAUAUGGGCCUUGCCAUCAAAAAUGAUAACCUGGUAUAUGUCUAUAAUUUGGGAAAUAAGGAUGUGGAGGUUCCACUUGACUCUAAGCCUGUCAGUUCCUGGCCUGCUUACUUCAGCAUUGUCAAGAUCGAAAGGGUAGGAAAACAUGGAAAGGUGUUUUUAACAGUCCCAAGUCUAAGUAGCACAGCAGAGGAAAAGUUUAUCAAAAAGGGGGAAUUUUCAGGAGAUGACUCCUUACUGGAUCUGGAACCUGAGGACACUGUGUUUUAUGUUGGUGGGGUGCCUUCGAACUUCAAGCUCCCUGCGAGCUUAAACCUUCCUGGCUUCAUUGGCUGCCUGGAAUUGGCCACUCUGAAUAAUGAAGUGAUCAGCUUGUACAACUUUAAGCACAUCUAUAAUAUGGAUCCCUCCAAAUCAGUGCCCUGUGCCAGAGAUAAACUCGCCUUCACUCAGAGUCGGGCUGCCAGUUACUUCUUCGAUGGCUCUAGCUAUGCUGUGGUGAGAGAUAUCACAAGGAGGGGGAAAUUUGGACAGGUGACUCGCUUUGACAUAGAAGUUCGCACACCCGCAGACAAUGGCCUCGUGCUCCUGAUGGUCAAUGGAAGUGCAUUUUUCAGCCUGGAAAUGCGCAAUGGAUUCUUGCAUGUAUUCUAUGACUUUGGAUUCAGCAAUGGCCCUGUGCAUCUUGAAGACACGUUGAAGAAAGCUCAAAUUAAUGAUGCAAAGUAUCAUGAGAUCUCAAUCAUUUACCACAAUGAUAAGAAAAUGAUCUUAGUAGUUGACAGACGACAUGUCAAGAGCAUGGAUAAUGAAAAGAUGAAAAUACCUUUUACGGAUAUAUACAUUGGAGGGGCUCCCCCAGAAAUCUUACAAUCCAGGACUCUAAGAGCACAUCUACCCCUAGAUAUCAACUUUAGAGGAUGUAUGAAGGGUUUCCAGUUUCAAAAAAAAGAUUUCAAUUUACUGGAACAGACAGAAACCUUGGGAGUUGGAUACGGGUGCCCAGAAGACUCUCUGAUAUCUCGUAGAGCGUAUUUCAAUGGACAGAGUUUCAUUGCUUCAAUACAGAAAAUAUCUUUCUUUGAUGGCUUUGAAGGAGGUUUUAAUUUCCGAACACUACAGCCAAAUGGGUUACUCUUCUAUUAUGCUUCAGGGCCAGAUGUGUUCUCCAUUUCACUGGACAAUGGCACCGUCGUCAUGGAUGUAAAGGGAAUCAAGGUUCGGUCAGCAGAUAAGCAGUACAAUGACGGCCUGUCCCACUUCAUCAUCACCUCUGUCUCACCCACAAGAUAUGAACUAGUAGUAGAUAAAAGCAGACUUAGGAGUAAGAAUCCCACCAAAGAAAAAGUGGAACAGACCCAAGCAGGCGAAAAGAAGUUUUACUUCGGUGGAUCACCCAUUAGUCCCCAGUAUGCUAAUUUCACUGGCUGUAUAAGUAAUGCCUACUUUACCAGGUUAGAUAGAGAUGUGGAGGUGGAAGAUUUCCAGCGGUAUUCUGAAAAGGUCCACACUUCUCUUUACGAGUGCCCCAUUGAGUCUUCACCAUUGUUUCUCUUUCACAAAAAAGGAAAAAAUUCCUCAAAGCCUAAAACAAGUCAUAAUAGAAAGGGAGAGAAAAGUAAAGACGCACCAUCAUGGGAUCCUGUUGGCCUGAAAUUCCUAGAGCGGAAUGCUCCGAGAGACUCUCACUGCCACCUUUCCCACAGCCCCAGAGCCAUCGAGCACGCUUAUCAAUACGGAGGGACAGCCAACAGCCGCCAGGAGUUGGAGUACUUCAAAGGAGAUUUUGGUGAAAAAUCUCAGUUUUCCAUUCGUCUGAAAACUCGUUCCUCUCAUGGGAUGAUUUUCUACAUCUCAGAUCAAGACGAGAAUGACUUCAUGACUCUAUUUUUGGCUCACGGCCGCUUGGUUUUCAUGUUUAAUGUUGGCCACAAGAAAUUGAAGAUUAGAAGCCAGGAGAAAUACAAUGAUGGAUUGUGGCAUGAUGUGAUAUUUAUCCGGGAAAAGAGCAGUGGUCGACUGGUAAUUGAUGGUCUUCGAGUCCUAGAAGAAAAUCUUCCUCCUACUGGAGCUGCCUGGAAAAUCAAGGGUCCCAUCUACUUGGGAGGCGUGGCUCCUGGAAGGGCUGUGAAAAAUGUCCAGAUUAACUCAGUCUACAGCUUCAGCGGCUGUCUCAGCCAUCUCCAACUCAAUGGGGCCUCCAUCACCUCUGCUUCUCAGACAUUUAGUGUGACCCCUUGUUUUGAAGGUCCGAUGGAAACAGGAACCUACUUUUCAACAGAAGGAGGAUAUGUGGUUCUAGAUGAGUCUUUCAAUAUUGGAUUAAAGUUUGAAAUUGCCUUUGAAGUCCGUCCCAGAAGCAGUUCUGGAACCCUUGUCCAUGGCCACAGUGUCAACGGAGAGUAUCUAAAUGUUCACAUGAGAAAUGGACAGGUCAUAGUGAAAGUCAACAACGGCAUCAGAGAUUUUUCAACUUCAGUAACACCCAAGCAGAGUCUCUGUGAUGGCAGAUGGCACAGAAUCACAGUUAUUAGAGAUUCGAAUGUGGUUCAGUUGGAUGUAGACUCUGAAGUGAACCAUGUGGUUGGACCCCUGAAUCCAAAACCAGUUGAUCACAGGGAACCUGUGUUUGUUGGAGGUGUUCCAGAGUCACUACUGACACCACGCUUGAUCCCGGGCAAACCAUUCACAGGCUGCAUCCGCCACUUUGUGAUCGAUGGGCGCCCAGUGAGCUUCAGUAAAGCAGCCCUGGUCAGUGGCGCAGUGAGCAUCAACUCCUGUCCUGCAGCCUGAUUCGACAGACCGCCACUGCCCACGUACAAAGUUCUUUAGAGCACUGAAAUAAACAUGAAGCCAGCCGGGAGGAACAGCACUUCUUCCUCCAGGCAGAAGCUUUCAUCUAGUUGAACAAGAUUUACAAGAAUCAUCAGGGACUGGAUGCUCCUUAUUUCUCACUUGGAUUCUUACCUUGGGUCCAAAAUGUCUGCAAUGGACAACAAUGGAAGGAGUGGCAAACAUACUUGUAUUGAGAGUACAUUUAUUUCCUGCUGGUGAAAUUACUGUUCCUAUGUCUAAUAAAAUAGAAGGGGUUCUAAAUAAACACUGGCACACAUUUUUAAAGUA